GAAUCGUACGGUCGGGUGUCGAGAACGAGGCGUAACGCGCAUUACUCGCCCCUGUAAAAGGGAACGAAAACGGAAAAGGAUAGAUAUAUACGUUGUUCGUUUUUUGCGCGAGACUUGAGUGAAGAUUUUUUCAGAGAGCUAAUCCUCCCUGUGGAUUUCGUCUUCGCGCGGGGAUCUCCUCAGGACCCCCCGGGAGAAACGCGCGAGCUGGUUUAGCGAACGGUGCUCACGUAAAAGAAGAUGCGGAAGUGCUGCUCGUGCUGGUCGUAGACUACGGUCCAAAUGCGCGAUGGUCAGGCCAUCGGAAGGCGGUGGGCUUCUGAUAGUCGGCUGGCUUCUGGCGCUGCGCUCCAUCGGCGCCGGCGCCCAGCUGGAUCCCGAUUACGGAUGUCCCCCUCAGGAGAGGAUACUGCCGUGCAGAUGCUCGACGCGCGACAUGGAGCUUCAGAUAUGGUGUAGUCAUAGCGAGCUACCGAAGGUAUUGGAGGGACUCAAGGCGGUGAGCCACUAUGUGGACCGACCGGUGGACGAGCUGAUUCUAGAGAACAACAAUCUACCGAGUCUACCUGGCAAAGUAUUCGCAACCCUGCGUGUCUUGCGCCUGAUGCUACGGAAUAACCGUCUCGAGAGGGUGUCGUCCGGCUGGCUGGAGGGUCUGCACGACUCGCUGCUCGAGCUCUUCAUUGUCGAGCCGGAUCUACGGUCCUUACCCGUGGACAGUCUGGAGAAUUUGCACGGUCUCGAGGCGGUAACGCUGCAGAGCCGGGUGAUGAAGCGACUGCCGAAGUUCUCCAGCCUGCCGAAGCUCAGAUACCUGCAGAUCAACUCGCCGGCUUUGCUGGAAUUAGCGCCAAGGAACUUCCGGGACAUUCCCAAUCUGGAGCAGUUGCACGUGUUCGGCAGCCCGAGACUGACCAGGCUGGAAGCCGGUCUCCUUCGAAGCCUACCGCGGCUGGAGUUGAUCAAUGUCACUGACUCCGGCAUCCACUGGAUCCAUCCGCGGGCGGCAAUCGAUCUACCGGAAUUAAAGGAGAUCUCGCUAGUGGGAAACGCGAUAAUCGACGCCGCCAUGGUCGGCCGUGCGUGCGUGGACCUGCCCUCGUUGUCGGUGAUACGUCUCGAUCGUAAUCGCAUCAAUCGCCUCGGCGAAGGUUCGUUCGUCGACCUGCCGGUGUUGUCGCGCCUUUAUCUGUCGCGCAAUCACAUUACGGAGAUGUUUGCCGGCGCAUUCCAGCGCGUGCCGGUCCUCAAGUCGGUGGACUUGAACCAUAACUUGAUCCACCGUAUACAUCCGGAGUUCUUCCCGCGCCGUACGGGAAACGUGCUGGAGGAGAUGUGGCUGAUCAAUAAUGAUUUGAGCCACAUAGCCGAGAUACGAUCAGUGCUUGAAGCUUUGCCGAGAUUGAAGUUCCUAGACGUCAGUCACAAUCAGCUGGAAGAGAUACCGUUCGGAGCUCUGAGAGGCCACCCCACUUUGGAGAGGCUGCACCUCAAUCACAAUCGAUUGGCGUUUCUGCAAAGGGAAACGUUCACGGCGAUGCCGGCGCUCAGAGAGCUCCGGCUAAAGAACAAUUCUCUGUCGAAUCUGCUGGAGGCUCCCUUCUGGAACUUACCCGCGUUGAAGGGGCUGGAUAUCUCGGAGAACUACUUCCGCCACAUAGAACCGCAUCUGUUCACCAACUUGCCGAAUCUCAGGCGGUUGGAUCUCAGCGGUAACGCGAUCAGUCUCAUCGAGCCCGAGUCCUUUCUGAAUACCCCAGCACUGGAGCACGUCAACGUGUCGGGUAACGCCUUAUCUGUCCUUCAUCCUCUCACCUUCCGCCACCUAACGAACCUCUACGAACUGGACGUUGGUUGGAAUCGCAUGCUAGAGGUGGUACCUGGUUUGCCAAAGGAUAUCGAGCACCUUUACAUGCCGAUGAACCGCAUCGUCGUUUUGCCGGUGGUGACCUCACAGGAUUUAGCCCUGCCAGCCCUUCGAUCGCUGGACUUUAGCGCGAACGGCAUCGAGAGAAUUACGCCCGGCACUUUCGCCGAUUUGCCGAGCCUGAGGAGACUGAAUCUGGGCUACAACGCGCUGCGGCUUCUCGACGACGGUGCCUUCGACGGGCUCAAUCGAUUGGAACAGUUGGACCUGAGAUACAAUCGGCUGGUCACGUUGCACGGACGUAGCUUCCGGCCGCUCAAGUCGUUGAUGGACGUGAACCUGCGGGGCAAUCGAGUGGAGGUCCUCCGGCCGGAUAUCUUUCAGGAGAACAUACGGCUGCAGAGGAUCGAUUUCAGCAGGAAUAAUCUCGCCCAAAUUCCCCACGCCACUUUCACCAAUACAAGAGACCUUCGUGAACUGUACGCAUCGCACAAUACUUUGACCGAGUUACCCGGAUCGCUGCACGGCUUAACAGCUCUUCGGGUCCUCGACUUGAGCUUCAACAAGCUGAACAUCCUAUCGCCGGAAACUCUGAGCAGCUUGUCGUCCUUGCUGGAGUUGAAGCUGGUCAGAAACCGUAUUCGAGAGCUACGGGAAGGCGCGUUCGACGGUCUACCGCAGCUGUCCCUGAUCGAUCUGGAAAAUAAUGAUCUCCGAGUUAUCGAAAGAAAUGCGAUCAGGGCGUUACCGGAGCUGCAAGCCGUCAGACUCGGCAAGAAUAGAUUGCAGUCCAUCCCCAGCGGCGCUUUCACCGAACUGCCGUUGCUUCAGAGCGCUGAACUCCAGGAAAAUCGCAUCCAGGAAAUCGCUAGUAAUGCCUUCAUUAACGUGCCACACUUGCUUUUCCUUAAUCUAAGUCACAAUCAUCUGCCGGGGCUGGAGUACGUCGGUCUGGAGAGUCUACGCUCGUUGGAGGUCCUUGAUCUCAGCCACAAUCGACUGUCCAGGGUUUCCAGCGACAGUCUGGCGGCUAUGGAAUGGCUGGUCGAGCUGAAGAUGGACAACAAUCGCAUCUGCGCGGUGCACGGCUCGCCUUUCGACGACAUGCCAAGGCUGCGGGUGCUGAGUCUGCGGAGCAAUCGCAUGACCGCGGUCUCUGAGAGCGCCUUCAAGAGGUUGCGAUCGAACAUCGCUAUCUUGGACAUCGACGGAAACCCGUUAUCCUGCUCUUGUGGUAUGCUUUGGCUGCGAGGAUGGCUACAACAGGCUUCCGCGGAGGGUCCUAGAUGCGCCGACGGUUCUCUCUUCAAGGAACUCCGACUGUCGCGUCAAGAUUGUCAGCGUGAGAGAUAUGUGGAACCGGUUCAUCCAGGAUGCGAAACCGAAAUGAUUAACGUUGCCACACCGUCGGUUUCCUCAUCCGCGUUCGGAAUCACGGAGACGGUGCCGCUCUGGAUGAACCUGAAGGACUCCUCGACGCAAAAGCCGUCCGUUUCCCAGGACUCCGACUAUUUCUACGAGUACUUGGAUUACCAGCAGGACAACACGAGCGCGUCCCCGUCGUCCGGCGUGUCCACCGUCAGCGUGCCUACGCAGACCGUGAAGAUCAUUCAGCCACCGCAGACGCAGAAGCCGCAGACGCAGAACCAACAGAAGAACACGACGUUGCCGGUGAAGAAGCACCCCGCGAUACCACCGUCGCCCAGCAGCUCCGGUUUCACUUUCUUUGGCGUGCCGUUACCGAGCCUGAACUUCAACCUGUGGGGUCACUCGGGCAGGAAAGCCGACAGGAAGGAGUUCUCGUCGUCUGGCAGACCGGGGCGCGGACGUUACCGAUUCUUCCCGCCCACGGAGCCCGAGAUUCACCGGGGUGGCUUCGUGCCCCUGCCGCGCGCUCAGAGCGGAUUCGUGCCGAUCGCCGAUCCCAGGUUGACGUAUAAAAAGCACGCGAAACACGAAAACACCACGCGGUCGUUAAACGCGAGCGGCACCGUUGUGCAGGAGGAACGCGCUAAAAAAAGCGGGAACAGCACCAUGACCAAGGUGGAAAAAGUCACCGUUCUCAGAGCCACCAAUAAAACACGAACGGAGUUUCGAGACAGGGAGGAAUUGUCGACCGCGUCGACAUUGGACCGAUCGGCCAUGCUGAUGAGCUCCUUCGAGUCUCACAAAAUCUCAACCGACGCUGGAAAAAUUAGCUCUAGUACUCCGGCUACAACAAUCGGCUAUAAAAGUAUGGAACCGAUAAUCGUGCAGGAGACGUCGCAAGAGGCUCACGAGACGUCGGUGUCCACUGAAAUUUAUGACGGCGAAAGUUUGGAGGUGAGUACAGAAGAUGUUAAAUUCAUCGAGAAACCACAGGUGGAAGUUGUCAGCAAGGUAAUCUGGACCACACCGAAAACUACGAUAACACAAUCGAGGAAGUCAACAAUCAUCAAGGACACCGUAACGGCGACAAUGGAAGUAACACCAUCGAAAGCAAGCAGUACCACACAGUGGGACCUUGAAGUUUCCGAACACGGGAGAGAUUCGAGCCACUUGAGCAGUACAACCAAUUUCUACGUCGACGACGAUCCGUAUAGAACGAAGACAAGCGCGCCGAUUCCGCGCUUCUCGACAUCGGCGACGACCUCCACGUUUAAUCGUCCCAAGGAGACCACGACUGCGACUAUCCCACACACCUCUCGAAGCACAGAAGCAUCUGCCCUGUCUGCGUUUCUGAUUCCGGGUGGGCAAGUGCCGUCCUCAGGAUCGGCGGUGAAUAUUCGUCCGCUCGGCAGAUCCACAAUUACCAAAGUCGCCUCGCCACACCUCGACCGCAAUCUAGGCGAGCAAUCGAGAGAAAGACAAAAGUUCGUCGCGGACGCUACUCUGAGGAACACCGAAGUCGCCGACGACACGACAUUAGGUCAGAACCAGGCGUUCGUCGUCGACGAGGAGGCCAGAGUGACGGACGAUGGUCCUUUCAACUGGUAUUUCCAGCAUUACAACGACACGAACCUGGAACCUUACGUGGGCGUAGUUUACAACGGAGUCACGAAGAUCAACGCGUGUCGAUGGUUAUUCCUGCUCGUUUUGAGCGUCCUGAUAUAAGGAUACCCGGAACUCACGGAAUUGUCUUCUUCUCGUUUCUUAUCUGCUUGGAGACAACAGUAACGAAACGCAGAGAUGAUUCGUGUCGAUCGGAUUUGUCGCCUCGAGACUACAAAUCAAUAAAGGAUAUCUUAAGGGCGUUAAGUACACGGAAGAAAGUUUUGUUGAAUUAACCAAAUAUCUGGUCGAAUAUGAACAAUCCAGAAAUUCCGAUUGAAGUAACCCGAAUUCUGUUUAAGACAACAAAAAAUCUUGUUAACUUAAAGAAUUCAGGUUACUUCAAUCGGAAUUUCUGGAUCGUUCAUACUCGACCAGACAUUUGGUUAAUUCAACCAAUCCUUUUUUUCCGUGUAGUUUGUAGGCAUAAAUUAAAGGAGUUUCUUUGGAAUUAUUUUACAAACAAAUUAGAACACUUUUUUUUACUUUUUAACUUAUCAUAUUUUGAGGAAGUUACAUGAUUUUUUCAUAAGUAAAACUCGCAUAUUAAUUGAAUUAUAAGACACGGCGCAAUACGCUCGUGUCCUGCACGAUACAAUCGCUUGCAGUGAUCUAAAACAAAAACAAUAAAAAAAAUAAAAAGAUAUAUUUAUAUGAAUGUGGCUAUUAUUUGAACUAUGACUAAUUGAACAUUGGACUAAUUGCAAUAUUACAAUUUAUUUUUUGACCCCAUCAUUUUGUUAAAUCUUGUUAUUAAUCCAAUGAGUUUAGAUAAUAGUCACACUUAUAUAAAAUAAAAAUUUUAUUUUUUAGUUUUAAAUGAUCACAAGCGGCUAUAUGCACGCCAACAGGAUACGUGUUACGCCACACCCUAUAACUUCAUGUAACUUUUUCCAAAUAUAAUAAAAACAUACUUGAAAGUUAAAAAAUAUAUGUUUUAUAAAUGUAUAUUUACAAUUUCUUUGUAAAAAAAAAUGCUAAAAAAACUUUUUUAAACUCUUUUUAACUCAUACUUAGAAACUGUCCACAAAAUCCUUAAAGACAUCAAAAAUAUUCAAAAGAAAUAAGACGCCUUUUGGAGAUGUCUUUAAGACAUCUUUUAGCAGAUUGUACUGUCUGGAUUGUGAGAGAUGAUUAAGUACACCGCAAUGAAG